AGGCCUGAGCAGUGGAUUACCAGACGAAACGAGGAGGAGGAGUAGUGAGGAAGGUGGAGAGCGGAGGAGGGAGCAAAUCAACGCCAGCGAGGAGAGAUUCAAACACAAACAAGCGGAUGGGCUUCUACCCCUCGGCGCCGGACACCGACUCCUCGCCCGCCCAGCGCUAGCUCCAGGCCGCGGCCUCCAGCACGAGCAGCCUCCGCCGCCGAGCACUCCCUCCUCGGGCCUGCCCCGCGCUCCGGCCCGCCUCGCCUCUGGGUGUCUCCCGCGUUUCCCGCUCUUUCCUCUCACUCUUCGCCCGAGGCCCGAACCCUCGCCAUGUCCCGCUCCAGCCGGCAGAAGGAGUACAAGUGCGGGGACCUGGUGUUCGCCAAGAUGAAGGGCUACCCGCACUGGCCGGCCCGGAUUGAUGAAGUCCCAGAUCCCGCCGCAAAGUCCGCUGCUAACAAGUACCAAGUUUUCUUCUUUGGGACACACGAAACGGCACACCUUGGUCCUAAAGACAUCUUCCCCUACGAGGAGACCAAGGAGAAGUUUGGAAAGGCAAACAAGAGGAAAGGCUUCAGCGAGGGGCUCUGGGAAAUUGAGAAUAAUCCCACAGUAAAAGCCUCAGGAUAUACGCCUUCUCGGAAGAGGGGUUCCAAAGGCGCUGGACGCGGAGGCGAUAAAGCCAAGGACGGAGAGAAGGCGACGCCAAAGAAAAGCUCAGAAGGCGACGCAGAAGAGGACGACGAUGAGGAAGAAAAGCCCGAGGGUGACGGAGAGAAGAAAGGCAGUGCUGACGGCAGCAGCGACGAGGAGGGGAAGUUGGUGAUUGACGAGCAGUCUAAGGAGAAGGUAGAAAAGGCCGCAGCCAAGCGGAAAGCAGAGGACGCUGCAGAGAGCUCCCCCAAAAGAGUCAAGGCGGAUGAAGAGCAGGAAGAUGAGAAAUCCGAGAAGAAGGAACCUGCGAAAGAGGAGGCCAAGCGCACGCCGGAGGCGAAAAAAGACGACAACAGCGAUACUGCUGCAAAAGAGGGGUUAAAAGGGGAGGAAAAGGCAGAAGAGAAGUCAGUCAUAGAAGAAACCAGUAACAAAGAGAUGAGUUAAACUGAGUUUCCCUUUCCUGACUGGGCAGAAUCCUGACGACCUUUUCCUAUAUGGGGCGACGUGGGCGCAUUAAAGAGAAAAAAAAUUAAAAAAAAACCUGGGGAAUGAACACUUCAUCUUCUUCAUCGGCCAUUCUGUUAGAUCUGCAACCCAACCAAGAAGCCAUCGUUGUCAGUCCACAUCUUCACGUAGAGAUCAGGGCCUUCAGAUAAACUCUGCCAACCGGUGACGCUGCUUGUGUCUCUUACAUACUGUUAUAUUGCGCCAAGCAGAAGGCCCCGCCCCCUAUUAACGCCCCCGCGGAGCCUCCAGAUAUAAGCUCUCACCUUGAUCAUGGUUUUACUUUGUCUUAUUUGUUCUGUUUUUAACCCUUGCCACAUACGCAGGCUUCUUAAUCUGACCCAUCUCGCUAAUAUCCUGAAUCUACAGCAGAGUCCAUAUUGGCAGCUCUUGGACUCGCCUCUCGAGUCUACAGCAGUGGGGGCCCCCUUUAGACGGCCGCGAUUUUGGGCGCAAAUCCCAUCCCGGUGGUGGCUCUUAGUGUCGAUCAUUGGACCCGGGAUCUGCAGCUAAAAUCUGCCCACGGUGCCUAAGGGUUUUUCUCUCUAUCCGCCCCCCCCACAGUCGUCUGCGUCGGACAUUUUUAUUUUCUUGCCCCCUUUCACUGGCUGCACCAAAGAGUUCAUCCCUUCAUCGGUAGCUUGUAAAGUGCUUCUGACAAUUCAUCUAGAGCUAUGAAAACUUUAUAUACAGGGUGGACCAUACCACUAUUUUAUUACCCCCCCCCCCCUUACAGUGACCUGUGGGCCUCCAACUACAACUCCCAGCCAGUGCAGGUGACGGCUGAAGGGCGGCAGGCUCCAGAUCUCUGCUUUUGGCCCCUUCUCCUGUUCCUGUAGGCCCCACAGUAUAUAAAGGAGUUGCUUUCACCGUCGUGUAUUUUUUUUAAAGUUUUUGGAUCUUUAUAACUGGAUAUUUGUCUGUCCUUCUAUCGGCUUUUUAUGUUUUUUUUUUUUUUUGCGUAAAAAUAACAAAAAAAAAGAACCUGCCCUCGUUUAGCAUCAUGUGUAUACUUUGUGUAUAGGAAUUUUCUGUCGGCAUUUAUAUAGCGGCAUAGUCAGGCUGUAAUAUAUUAAACACUAAGUGUAUAACGUGCCCAUAGCUUGUUCUUGACGCCCGCAGUAGCCUGGGCCUCCAGGGACGACUACUGCUGCUACGAUGACCUCGAGGCCUAGUGUUCUUGAUCAUGUGACAGAAGGGUUGAAAGAUUUCAGGUAGCCGUUCCCAACCCAAAUGGACAUACCCCUUUAAAAUAGAGGGAAACAGGUCACCUAUGUCUAUGGGCUGUGUCUAAUACUGCAGUACCUGACCCGGCCUGUGGACAUGAGUGGUGCCGUUCCUGAGUUACAUCUGGUAAUCGUGUGGAUCUACCCGUUAAAGCUUCUCUGUGUGCAUGAGGAUUAAAGGGGUUGUCAAGCAUUAGAAAAACAUGGCUGCUUUCUUCUAAAAACGGCGCCGCCCCUGUCCACAGGUUGUGUGUGGUAGUACAGCUCAGCUCUGUUGGAGUCGGUGGGGCAUAGCUGCCAUACCGCACACAAUCUAUGGUGCGGUUGAGAAGGCAGCCAUGUUGUUCUCGUCCUGGACACCCCACUGUGUACGCCCUGUGCUCUAGCUCUGAUAUGGAGCGAGAUGGCGGCCUCUGUCCUGUAUGUGGGUGUCCCUUUAUAGUCUCAGCGGAAGAGUCUUAAAGGAACCUCUCAGCCACAAACUGAUUGGCCCGAGGCUCUUAAUCUUAAGAUUGCCAGUACUUUGUGGGUUCAGCGAUGAGGCCGCCCCGCACCUCUGCAGUCAUCUCUCAUCCCGUCCUCACUAAUCAAGGGUUGCAGCCCCAAGUCCGACUCCCCACCCGGGCUACUAAUAUCAUGGAACGAAAACAUUUUGUAGUAUGUUUUUAAUAAAAUAAAAAGCGGCUAAAAAAAUUUACCCUAAAGAGUCCUUUCUAGUUAAUUUUCUAGGUAGUUUUCUAUUUUCUCCCCUCCCCCGCGUGCCCAUGUCGGUCUCCUCCUCCCCCUCCUCUCAUCCUGCUAUGUGAUGUAAUCAUUAAAUUUGUAACAUAUGCCGAGAAUGACUUUCCUUCAACUUUUUAUUCCCCCUCCCCCUUCUCCCGGUUUUGCGGUUGUGAUGGAAGCGAUUGUUUAAAAAAAAAAAAA